GGAUCUAGAGGCCGGCACGCAGAGGUGGCCAAGCGCCUGGCCCUCCCGGGGACAGGCGUGGGUGCGCCAGCCAGGGGCAGAGUGGGAGGUCGCGACGCUGGGUCCCGCGAGGGUGGAGCCGGUGGAGCCAGGAGGGCCCGGUGCCGCGGCCGCGGGCGGGGCGAGCUGGUCACUCCCUGCUCCCGUGAGAGCCGUCGGACCUGUUGUCCCCCCUCCACUUCCGGCUGCUGGGGAGGGGGACUGGGCGGCUUUGCUCCUCGCUCUUCCCGGCCACCUGUCUCACAGCAGAAGCCACAGAGCCCGGGGCGCCGAGCGGCGCUGCAGCCCGCAGCGGUCAUGGGCACUCCGUGCAGCCCGGAGGAGGGUUCUCAGUCGCCUGGGGUCCCGGCAUGCGACGCAGAGGUCCAGCCCGAAGGGGCUGUCCAGCCGCAGGGACGCACCAAGAAGCCCAGCGAGCGGGAGGCUGCAGAGGCGCUUCGGAGCGGCCGAGGAACUGAGCAGCAGCUGGCCGAGGAAGAGGAAGAAGGAGGCGAAGGCAGCAGCACUGAGAGCACUCGCGACGAGAUGUCGGCCACGGCCCCGGCUCACAGCCCGGCGGGGGAAGGGAUGCGCGAGGCGGCGCGGCGGCUGCGAGGGCUGCAGCUGGAGGCGCUGACUCGCGUGGCCCUGAUGGAGCAGCGCCUGAAGGAGCUGCAGCGCCAGAAGAAGGAGCUGAGGAUCGAGGUGGAGGUGGAGGUGGCCCUGCGGCGGGGCGAGCUGGCCGGGGAGCGAGUAGCAGCCCGGCGGGAGGAGGAGCAGCUCCGGGAGCUGCUGGGGCGGCGGACAGACGCCGAGAAGGGCCGCGAGCAGCGGAAACAGGAGCAGCAUCGACUGUGCCAGGAGCGGAAACGGGUGGAAAGUCUUCGCCAGAGUCUCAGAGAGGCCCAAGGGCAGCUCAGCUUGCAGCCCGAGGACCAACAUGAGCGACUUCUGCAGCAGGUGCAGGAGCUAAGUGAACAACUGGAGGUGGCCCAGCGGGCCUAUGAGGACCUGGAAUUCCAGCAGCUAGAGCAGGAGAGUCGGCAGGAGGAAGAGGAUCUAGAGAGCCCUGGGGCCCAGGCCCCAGACCCCAGGGUCCAGGAGCUUCAGGCCAGUGUGGCCCAGCACAAGCACCGGAUCCAGGUCUUGGAGGAGCAGCUCACAUCCCUGGGGGAGCAGAUGGCAGCUGAGAGCCGGGGACUGAGCCAGAAGAAGGAGGAGGCCCGCCAGGCCCUGGCACAGGAACGGAACCGGCUGCUGGAGCUUAGUCGCCUUCAGGGAACACUUGGUGGGGAUCUCUCUCAGUCCAAGCAAGCUGGCACCAAGCUCCUGUUCACCCAGAAGACAGACCGCCAGCUGGUGGUGCUACAGGACCCUGAUGCCCACCCUGCAGCCACCUCUACCUCUUCCUGCCUGUUUUCCGUCCACAGCUCCCUGCAGGGCUCCAUUGGACUCCAGAGAACCGGAAGUCUAGUCAGGAAACGGGGUGAGAGGACGACCCAGAGAGGACUGGCCCGGCCUUUGUCUCUCCACUGUACUGGAGCCCUUGAGGCUUCAGCUGUGACAUCCGCAGUGGGGGCCUCUGGAAGACACCCCCUCUAUCAGCUGCUAAACUGUGGCCCUGGCAAUGGCUGCCAGGUCCUGCACCCAGACAUCGCCCACAUGGAGCAGCUCCUGCAGCAGGCUGUGGCCGAGAGGGAGCGGCUGCGCAAGGCCAGGGAGGGGCAGAAAAAUGCCACAGAAGGCUCCUCAGGCCCAGCUGCUCCUGCCAUCACGCAGGCUCCGCCCGCGCCUGUGCCCCCGCCCCCGCCCCAUCCUCCCAGCCCACGAGUCCUGGAUCUCCGGCAGCAUCUGGAGCGCUGGGGCCACAGCCCCGAAAACUGCCCACACGUGCGAGUGUCGGGGGGCAGCUGUCGUGGACCCCUGGUGAAGAUGGGCGGCCGAAUCAAGACCUGGAGGAAGAGAUGGUUCUGCUUUGACCGCCAGGCCCGCCGCCUGGCCUACUACGCGGACAAUGAGCAGACCAAGCUCAAAGGCGUCAUCUACUUCCAGGCCAUUGAGGAAGUCUACUAUGACCACUUGCGAUGUGCCUUCAAGAGCCCCAACCCCCGCCUGACAUUCUGCGUCAAAACCUAUGAACGCCUUUUCUACAUGGUGGCCCCGAGCCCUGAAGCCAUGUGCAUUUGGAUAGACGUCAUUGUGACUGCGGCUGAUGAAAACCACGCCCCCUGAGUGGCCCUGCCUCUGGGGGACGUCCCGGAGAGGCCACGCCCACCCGCGGAGCUUUCUAGGCCCCGCCCACUUCCGGAUAAACCUGCACCCGCCCCUUUAGAACUCCCCCGGGAUCCUGCAGCCUGCUGCAGCUCAGCUGGUCUGAGCUACCGCACAUACCCAGCUGCAGGUCCCCCCACACACAGGAUCGCACUGCGUGGGGCAGGAGGAAGAUUGCGGGAUGGGCUGGGGGUUGGAACUAUUUAUUGGUGUUCCUGUGAUACCGAAUUAAACACGGUGGAAAACCGGAUUCUUUACA